UAUCGGAGGAAUCAACAGCCGCCAUCUUGACGCGGCUCAGAAUCGGGAUUUCGGGGGGAGCAUUAAUUUUAAAAACCGACCGGAGCUCCUCAAAUUGGGCUCAAACGGCUUUUUUCUUGCAGAAAUCCGAAGUGUUACUUCUUCUGAAGAGAAUUAAUGCAAACAUGUGAGGAUUACACGGGUAUUUAUCGUCUCGAAAGCCCACUGUAUAUUUGAUUUCCCUUUUAGCGAGCGCCGAUUCUCGCCGUAUCUCCGUCCCGAGACGCUGGAUUUACCGGGAGACAGCGACGACAAAAAUAAUCCACCUCAUAGAAAAUAUUUUUUGAAUUUUGCUCUUUUUAUUGAAGCCGGAGAAAUAUUUUAUGGCUGCCCGUUUCGACUGCGAAAAAAAUGAUUCUGCACGGACGUGAAUCCGGCGAUCGGCGGCGAAGGGGAUCUACUUACGCCUUGUGUAAUAUUUUAUGAUUGAUUUUUUAUUUAUUUUUCUUGAAGCUAAAUAAUUUCUGGACGUAAUUAUUGAGGAUAAUUAUGUGGGUGUUGGGUGUUGGAUUAUCAUGGGUUGAUCUUCGGCGGCGGAGCGUGGCGCUGUUGCCUUUCUUUUGAAACCAUUUUUUCUCCCAGCAGCAUUUCGCUGUCUGCCAGUCAAGAAAAAAAAACUACAGAUACAUUGCUAAUAUUUUUUUUACACGCAACGUAAAGAAAAAGUUACCCGUUAUUACGCGCCAGAAGCCGACAAAGUGGACUGAUCCAUCAUCAUCAUCCAUUCACAACGUUUUCCGACCAGGAUGGCUGACAAUCUGCUGGAGGUCGGACCCCCCAUUGCAAAGCGACCCAAGCUCAAUUCCCCCCUCUCGGUGUCAGAUGGCCCAGAUCUUGUAUCUCUCUUUGACCUGGAAGACGACCUCCCAGAUGAGCUCAUCCCUAAUGGAGACUUGGGAAUGUCCUCCAAUGGCGGUCCAGGCGGUGGGGGUCCUGGUCUCAACUCCAACGCCCCUGAUGCGGCAGCCAAACACAAGCAGCUGUCUGAGCUUCUGCGACCAGGAAGCUCCUCCAUCUUGGGAGGUGUUCUCAACUCUCUCAGCCCCCAGCAGGGAGGCAUGGUGGAAAGCCAGCUUGGCGCUGUGCUUGGGAAAAGUUCACAUCGGCAGGGUUCUCCCAAUCACCAGUCUCCCCAGGCCCAGAAAGGAGGGACUCCCACUGGACAAGGAAAUGGGGGCAUGAGCUUCAACCAGGCCAUGUUGAACAGCGGGCAGGGUCAUGGGGUCAUGGGCCAGACGGGUCAAGUGAUGAAUGGGGCUCUGGGACCAGCGGGCCGGGGCAGACCCGGCAUGCAGUACCAAGGCCAAGGCAUGCAGGGGCCACAAGUGGGUGCCGGACCUGGUGCUGGAGGCAGUGUGCUGGCAGAGACACUCACCCAAGGGGGGCCACAGUUGGGGGCACACAACACGUUGACUGCUCAGCAAGCUGGAAACAUGAAUAAGAUGGGGAUGUCUGGAGGUCCGUUUGGCCAGCAGUACGGUCAGUCCGGGGUGCAGCAGAUGGGGGCCGCGGGGGUCAACGCCCAACAGCUCCAAAACAAGGCGACCCUUUCCAACAACCUGCCCCAAUUCCCUACUGAGCUGAAGGGAGCUGGGAGUGUGCCAAACCUGAUGCAGCAGCAGGUAGCGGCGGUGGGUAUGGUCCCCGGGGCCGGUGGCGUGUCGACGGGCCCGACGGCCGACCCCGAGAAGCGCAAACUCAUUCAGCAGCAGCUGGUCCUGUUGCUCCACGCACACAAGUGCCAGCGGCGGGAGCAGGCCAACGGGGAGGUGAGGGCCUGUACUCUGCCCCACUGCCGCACCAUGAAGAACGUCCUCAACCACAUGACCCACUGCCAGGCCGGCAAGUCCUGCCAGGUGGCUCACUGUGCAUCAUCCAGGCAGAUCAUCUCCCACUGGAAGAACUGCACGCGGCACGACUGUCCGGUCUGCCUGCCUUUAAAGAAUGCAAGUGACAAGAGGAACCAGCAACCAAUGCUAAGUUCUCCUGGCGCAAGCCUGCAGAGCGCCAUCAGUACUGUGGGGCCUGGCCAGCCCAGUGCCACAGCCAUCAACAGCGCUGCCACACACAUCGACCCCAGCUCCAUGCAGAGGGCCUACGCUGCCCUCGGCCUGCCGUACGGGAACCAGUCCCCUGCCCAGGGACAUGGACCCCCUCAACAUAACCCCCAGGGUCCCCAGCACCAGCAGCUGCGAAGUCUGAACCCACUAGGCACUAAUCAGAUGAACCAGCUGGCAGGAGGCAUGGGUGUCCCCUCUGCAGACCAGGCCGGCAUGCACUCCGACUCCUCGCUAUCAUCCACACUCAACAAUCAGUUGAUGCCGGAUGGGUCAGUCGUGGGAGGCAUGGGAAACCUGCCCGCCGCCACCCCUCUCUCUUCUUCGGGGGUAAGGAAGGCCUGGCAUGAACACGUCACUCAGGACCUGCGCACCCAUCUGGUGCACAAACUUGUACAAGCCAUAUUCCCCACCCCAGACCCUGCAGCGCUGAAGGACCGGCGAAUGGAGAACCUGGUGGCGUACGCACGCAAGGUUGAGGGCGACAUGUACGAGUCGGCUAACAGCAGGGAUGAGUAUUACCACUUCCUGGCAGAGAAAAUCUACAAAAUCCAGAAGGAGUUGGAGGAAAAGAGGCGCUCACGCCUGCAGAAACAACCUGGCAUGGUGGGCACAGCUGGGCCUCAACAACCUGGAAUGGCUCAGUCCAACGCCAUGGGCCCUGGACAGGGGGUCCGGUCUCCCAAUGGACCCGUGCCUAUGCCCAACAUGCCCAGUCAGAUAUUGAAUCGUAUGCAGGCUGCCCAAGGAAUCAAUCAGUUUAACCCAAUGGCAAUGCAGAAUGCGCAGAUGUCUCAGGCACCUAUUGGAGCACGUGCUCCCUCCCCCAUGAACCAUCCACAGCAAAUGAACAUGAGCUCCGUCCCAACGAUGGGCAUGUCCCCGUCAAGGAUGCCUCAGACUCAAGGAAUGAUGGGUAGUCACGCUAACAACAUGGUGGCGCAUCAGGCCAAUCAGGGCCAGUUCCUUCAACAGGGCCAGUUCCCUGCUGCUGCAGGCGGAGCAAUGAAUGUAGGCUUGGGUCCGCCCAUAACGCAGGCUGCUGUCACACAGCCACAGAACUCUAACAUCCCUCUGAAUGCGCUGGGAGCUCACGGCCCCCAGCUGCCCUGUGGCCCCGCGGCCCAGCCUCCCCUUGGCGCUACACCUCCACCCAGUGCCUCUGCCAGCCUGCAGCAGCUGCAGCAGCACCUCGCUUCUGCACAGGCCCAAGUGCCACCCCGGCCCACUACCCCCGCCUCCACCGGUGGGCCCUCUUCCACCCCGACCCACAUCCCCAGUAGCCUCCAUGGCCCCCCCUCAGCUAAGGGCACACCUAACCCCUCCCAGCCGAACACACCCCUGCAGCUGCAGACAGAACCCCCCAGCCAAAUGCAGCAGCCCACCUCAGUGCAGGCACAGCACCCCAGCACACCGUUGUCUCAGGCAGCAGCGAGCAUCGAUAACCGAGUGCCCACCCCAGCCUCUGUGGCUGAGCUGAGCUCCCAGCAGGCGCUGCCGGACACGGGCAGCGCUGAAGCCAAACUUGAAGUAAAAGACGAAGAAGACGACGACGACGACAACAAGUCUGGAAAGAAGCAGCCAGAUGUGAAAAUGGAGGAUGAUGAAACCAAACCCCUGCUGGCUAAGAAGGAGGAGCCAGAUGCAAAAGAGCCAAAGCAGGAACCGAUGGAAACUGAGAUAAAGAAGCUGGAAAUAAAGACAGAACCCAAAGACGAGGAGGAAAGUGGGGCCAACGGCACAUCCAGCAGCUCCAGCCCUCAGAACCGAAAAAAGAUUUUCAAGCCAGAGGAGUUGAGACAAGCCUUAAUGCCAACACUGGAGGCUCUCUACAGGCAAGACCCAGAGUCACUACCCUUCAGACAACCUGUAGACCCCAUGCUACUCGGCAUCCCUGACUAUUUUGAUAUUGUGAAGAAUCCCAUUGACUUGUCUACCAUCAAGCGCAAGCUGGAUACGGGUCAAUACCAGGAGCCGUGGCAGUAUGUGGACGAUGUGUGGCUCAUGUUCAACAAUGCCUGGUUGUACAACCGCAAAACAUCCCGCGUCUACAAGUACUGCACCAAGUUGGCAGAAGUGUUUGAAGCAGAGAUCGAUCCCGUCAUGCAGGGCUUGGGCUACUGCUGCGGCAGGAAGUAUGAGUUCUCACCCCAGACGCUGUGUUGCUAUGGCAAACAGUUGUGUACCAUUUCCAGGGACGGCACCUACUACAGCUACCAGAACAGGUAUCACUUCUGUGAGAAGUGCUUCAACGAGAUCCAGGGCAACAGCGUGACCCUUGGAGAUGACCCGGCACAGACGCAGACCAUGAUAUCAAAAGAGCAGUUUGAAAAGAAGAAAAAUGACAUGUUGGACCCUGAACCGUUUGUUGAAUGUAAAGACUGUGGACGAAAGAUGCAUCAGAUCUGCGUGCUGCACUACGAUGUUAUUUGGCCAACAGGCUUUAUCUGUGACAACUGUCUGAAGAAGUCUGGCAAAACAAGAAAGGAGAACAGGUUUUCAGCCAGAAGCCUUUGUAAAGGGCUGCAAUCAACCAGGUUGGGAACGUACAUCGAGGACAGAGUGAACAAGUACUUGAAAAGGCAAAACCAUCCUGAGGCUGGCGAGGUGUUUGUCCGGGUGGUAGCCAGCUCCGACAAAAAUGUGGAGAUUAAGCCUGGCAUGAAGUCUAGGUUUGUGGACUCAGGCGAGAUGGUGGAGACUUUCCCUUACAGAACCAAAGCACUUUUUGCAUUUGAGGAAAUAGACGGGGUCGACGUUUGUUUCUUUGGGAUGCACGUUCAGGAGUACGGCUCAGAGUGCCCCUUUCCAAAUACCAGGCGGGUUUACAUAUCAUACCUCGACAGUAUUCACUUCUUCAGGCCACGUGUGCUAAGGACUGCAGUUUACCAUGAGAUCUUAAUAGGCUACCUGGAGUAUGUGAAGAAACUGGGGUAUGUGAUGGGUCACAUCUGGGCCUGCCCACCCAGUGAAGGAGAUGACUACAUUUUUCACUGCCACCCUGUUGACCAGAAGAUCCCAAAGCCCAAGAGGCUCCAAGAGUGGUACAGAAAGAUGCUGGACAAGGCUUUCGCUGAGAGGAUCUUGCACGAUUACAAGGACAUUUUCAAACAGGCAACCGAAGACCGGAUAACCAGUGCCAAUGAGCUGCCCUACUUUGAGGGUGACUUUUGGCCUAAUGUACUGGAGGAGAGCAUCAAGGAGCUGGAGCAGGAGGAGGAGGAGAGGAAGAAGGAGGAAAACACGGCCUCCACUGAGACACCAGAGGGGGCCCAAGCUGACAGCAAAAAUGCCAAAAAGAAGAAUAACAAGAAAACCAACAAAAACAAGAGCAGCGUCAGCCGAGCCAAUAAGAAAAAGCCCGGAAUGCCGAACGUAGCCAAUGACUUGUCCCAGAAGCUCUACGCCACCAUGGAGAAACAUAAGGAGGUGUUUUUUGUGAUCCACCUGCAUGCCGGGCCAGUCGUUAAUACCCUGCCACCCAUCAUGGACCCGGACCCUCUGUUGACCUGUGACCUGAUGGAUGGGCGGGAUGCCUUUCUGACUUUGGCCAGGGACAAGCACUGGGAGUUCAGCUCACUGAGAAGAUGCAAAUGGAGCACGAUGUGCAUGUUGGUUGAGCUGCACAACCAAGGCCAGGACCGCUUUGUGUACACCUGCAAUGAGUGCAAGCACCACGUAGAGACUCGCUGGCACUGCACCGUCUGUGAGGAUUAUGACCUAUGCAUUAACUGCUACAACGCUAAGGGCCACGAGCACCAGAUGGUUAAGUGGGGCCUCGGUCUGGACGACGACAACGGGCAGGGUGGAGAGGCCUCCAAGAGCCCGCAGGAGAGCCGCCGCCUCAGCAUCCAGCGCUGCAUCCAGUCCCUGGUCCAUGCCUGCCAGUGCCGCAAUGCCAACUGCUCUCUUCCUUCAUGCCAGAAGAUGAAGCGGGUGGUUCAACACACCAAAGGCUGCAAGCGCAAGACCAACGGUGGCUGCCCCGUGUGCAAGCAACUCAUUGCUUUGUGUUGUUAUCACGCAAAGCAUUGUCAGGAGAACAAGUGUCCUGUUCCCUUUUGCCUCAACAUCAAGCACAAACUCCGUCAGCAGCAGCUGCAGCACAGGCUCCAGCAGGCUCAAAUGAUGCGCCGGAGGAUGGCCACCAUGGCUGGAAGGGGUAUGCCCAUGCCGUCUCCACCUACUUCAGCUGGCCCCGACACCCCCAACUCUGUGCAGCAGCCUAAUACACCACAGACCCCCCAGCCCAUGCCCAACCAGCCCCAACAACAACAACAGCAGCAGCAACAGCAGCCACCAAACCCUGCCAAUAUGUCCCAAGGCUUCCCCAACAAUGGCCGCAGCAGCCAGCCCCCAACACCAGUGCCGCAGGGCAAACCAGGGCCUCAGUCAUCCCCUCUUCAUCAGCAGGCGUCGCCACUGCCUAACAUGCCACAGCAGCAACAGCAACAUCAUCAACAACAACUACAACAACAAUUGCAGCAACAGCAACUACAGCAGCAACUACAGCAGCAACAUCAACAGCAACAGCAACAUCAACAACAGCAGCAGCAGCAGCAGCAACAACAACAACAGCAGCAACCACUGCUGGCAGCACUGAAGGUGGCCAAACAGAUUCAGAUGGUAGCCAAGGCGAAGCAUCAGCAACAGCAGCAGCAGCAGCAGCAGCAGCAACAGCAACAACAACAACAGAAUUAUGCUAUGAAUGGGAUGCCCAUGAACCACACUCGAAUGAUGGGGCCUAUGCCGGGUCAGAUGCAGAUGAUGCAGGGACCACGGGGCCCCCAGGUGAUGCAGGCUAUGCAGCAGAGCCAAUGGGGUCCAGGGAUGCAGAACCCCAUGCAGAAUUCCCAGGGUCAUCAGCCACAGGUACCUUCUCAACAUGGCCCUUUGGCCCCUCAGCAGGCUCAGGGGACUCCCAUGCCCCAGCAGAACCAGCUUAUGCAGAGGCCCAUGAUGCCUCAGCAACAAGUUCUCCAAAUGCCUGGAGUCAUUCCUCCACAGGGGCCUUCACAGCAAGGAAUGCCACCACAGCAGCAACGGGGGAUUCCUGGUAACAUUGCUCCGAGUGCCCUGCAGGACCUACUGCGCACCCUCAAAUCUCCCAGCUCCCCGCUGCAGCAACAGCAGGUCCUCAACAUCCUCAAGUCCAACCCCCGCCUCAUGGCCGCUUUCAUUAAUCAAAGGACAGCCAAGUAUCAGGCCACCCAACAGCAGCAGGCGCAGCAGCAGAGCGCACAAGCCAUGUCACAGACGGGAAUGCAGACCAUGGCAGCCAUGGCUAACCAGGUGCAGAGGCCAGUGAUGGCACCUCAGCAGCCUCAACAGCCAGGGUCCCAGGGCAUGGCAACCAUGGUCCCCCAAGGCCAGAUGAUGAAUGCUGCUCAAAACGGCAAUUCCCCACUGUACCGCAGGCAGCAGGCGCUCAGGGGGCCGAUGCAGCAGCAGCAACAGGGAGGGAUGCCUCAGGGCCACGGUCAGUUCCCCCAACAGCAACAGACGGGGCCCGCAAACUACUCUCAGCUCCGCAUGCAGCAGCAAAUGGUUAUGCAAGGUGGUGGGGGACCCAUGGGGCCGAUACCUCCCGCAUCUCAAAUGGGUCAACCUGGCAUGGGCAUGGACGGGCCCCAGAACCACAUCCAGCAGCGCAUCCUUCAGCAGCAGCAGCAGCAGCAGCAGCAGCAGCAGCGGCGGUGGUGGAGCAGCAGUCGGCCCGCAGCGUGGAGCUGCCAGCGGUCCUCGGUCCCAGGCUUCAGCCAGCAGUCCUCCUACAGCACCCAGGAGGCUGAGAAGGAGCCCGAAGAGGAGCCUCUGCACACCAUCAUCAGUGACACGGAGUCUGUUCAAGGGAGCUUGUCCAAACAUGAAUUUCAGGCUGAGACCAAAAAACUUUUGGACAUUGUCGCCAGGUCCUUGUACUCGGAGAAAGAGGUGUUCAUCAGAGAGUUGAUCUCCAACGGCAGCGACGCUCUGGAAAAACUGCGCCACAAACUGAUGACCGCAGGUGGAGAAACCGCUCAGAUGGAGAUCCACCUGCAGACUGAUGGUGCCAAGGGCACAUUCACAAUUCAGGACACGGGAGUGGGAAUGAACAAAGAGGAGCUGGUAGCCAACCUGGGGACCAUCGCCCGCUCCGGAUCCAAGGACUUUCUGGAUGCCCUGCAGAACCAGGCGGAGGCCAGCGGCAGCAUCAUCGGUCAGUUCGGGGUGGGAUUCUAUUCGGCCUUCAUGGUGGCCGACCGCGUGGACGUCUACUCUCGGUCCGCUGAGCCUGACGCGCCUGGAUACAAGUGGUCCUCAGACGGCUCUGGAGUUUUUGAGAUCGCUGAAGCCAGCGGCGUUCAGCAGGGAACAAAGAUCGUGCUUCACCUCAAAGACGAUUGCAAGGAGUUUUCCCUUGAGGACAGAGUUAAAGAGGUCGUGACGAAGUACAGCAACUUUGUCAGCUUCGCCAUCUUCCUGAACGGACGGAGGCUCAACACUCUGCAGGCCUUGUGGAUGAUGGAGCCCAAGGAGAUCAGUGACUGGCAGCACGAGGAGUUCUACCGCUACGUCGCUCAGGCCUACGACAAGCCGCGCUACACGCUGCACUACCGCGCCGACGCCCCGCUCAACAUCCGCAGCAUCUUCUACGUCCCCGACUCGAAGCCGAGCAUGUUUGACGUGAGCAGGGAGAUGGGCUCCAGUGUGUCUCUGUUCAGCAGGAAGGUUCUGAUCCAGACCAAAGCCACUGACAUCUUACCCAAGUGGCUUCGCUUCCUCCGAGGUGUGGUGGACAGCGAGGACAUCCCGUUGAAUCUGAGCAGAGAGCUGCUGCAGGAAAGCGCCCUCAUCAGGAAGCUGCGUGACGUUCUGCAGCAGAGGGUGAUCCGCUUCCUGCUGGACCAAAGCAAGAAGGAGCCGGAGAAGUACAACACCUUCUUUGAGGACUACGGUCUGUUCAUGAGGGAGGGCAUCGUCACCACCCAGGAGCAGGACGUCAAGGAGGAUAUUGCUAAGCUGUUGAGGUUUGAGUCUUCAGCUCUGCCAGCGGGUGAGCGCACCAAUCUCAUGGAGUACUCGUCCCGUAUGAAGGCGGGAACGCGCAACAUCUACUACCUGUGUGCGCCCAACCGCCAUCUUGCAGAGCACUCUCCCUACUAUGAGGCCAUGAAACAGAAGGACAUGGAGGUGCUUUUCUGCUACGAGCAGUUCGACGAGCUCACCCUGCUCCACCUCCGCGAGUUUGACAGCAAAAAGAUGAUCUCGGCGGAGACGGACAUCGUGGUGGAUCACUACAAAGAGGAGAAGUUUGAAGACACCAAGCCCGCCUCCGAGCGUCUGACGCAGGAUCAGGCCGACGACCUGUUGUCCUGGAUGAAGAACGCUUUGGGCCCCCGAGUCACUAACAUAAAGUUGACUCCUCGGCUGGACACCCACCCGGCUAUGAUCACAGUGUUGGAAAUGGGUGCUGCGCGCCACUUCCUCCGCACCCAGCAGCUGGCUCGCACCCCCGAGGAGAGAGCUCAGAUUCUGCAGCCCACACUGGAGAUCAAUGCAGGACAUGAUCUGAUCAAGAAGCUGCAGGCACUGAAGGACACAAACUCUGAGCUGGCUGGUCUGUUACUGGAACAGAUAUAUGAUAAUGCCAUGAUCACGGCAGGCCUGAACGACGACCCCCGACCGAUGAUUUCCCGCCUUAAUGACCUGCUGACCAAAGCUCUGGAGAAGCACUGAGCGCUGCUCAAAAAGCCUGAAUGGGUUAAAGGACGGCGGCUUGAGAAGCAUUUGCAGUCGGACAAAGCGGCUGGCUUUUGUUCAACUGCAGCCAUAAAUUACCAUCUGCCCCCGCGGACCGCUUCAUUAUGGAGAGCACGGAAAGGCACAAAGACCAGCUGGAAGAGUCUGUGUUUACGCUCAACACCAUUUCGUCAACAGAUGCAAACCAGAAAGAGAGAAUCGGGGUCCCACUAAUCCAUAGUGGAAUUAAAUUGGAUGUCUUGAUAUGUUCUCUGUAGGUUUUAUUGUGAUGUGUGGAUUGGAGCUUUGAAAUAAGCCGCUCUCUGCUGAGUAUAACGUUAAACAUUUCUUCUGGUUUUCCCAAUCCCUCCAAUAUAAUAUAUUUGUUGAAGGCAUGAGGUGUCUUAAAUAAAUUGUGUUUAAAAUAC